GACAAGUACAAAUAAAAGUGCAGGACAAUUUAUUAGACUUAGACAUCACAUAGUCAAGUCUAUAUAGAGUCUAGAUCUAGAAUCUAUCUAUCUACUGAUAAAUUCUAGAUCUAGUUAAUCUAGUUUUUUUUUUUAUUGUCUAGAUUGGAUCUCUAGAUUUAGAUUAAAUCUACAGUUUACAAGUAACAAUGCUGUCAGGGUACAGCACUAUCACUGUUCCAGUUUUGGUUGGAGUGGGUGUUGUAGCAGUAACAGCCAUACUGGCCAAGAUAUUUCUCCCAGGAUUAUUUGGCUCUAAAAAAAAAAGUCCUCCAGUUACCUUGAAAGACCCUACAAUAAAAUAUCCAUUAAAGUUGAUUGAUAAAGAGAUAAUCAGCCAUGACACUAGAAGAUUUCGCUUUGCCCUUCCUAGUCCUGAACAUAUUCUUGGGUUACCUGUUGGUCAGCACAUAUAUUUGACAGCCAAAAUUGAUGGUCAGUUAGUUAUUCGUCCAUACACCCCCGUUUCUAGCGAUGAUGACAAAGGCUAUACAGAUCUUGUUGUUAAAGUGUACUUCAAGAAUGUCCAUCCUAAGUUUCCAGAGGGGGGCAAAAUGUCUCAGUAUCUUGAAAAUAUGGACAUAGGGGAUUACAUUGAUGUGCGAGGACCUAAUGGUUUACUGCAGUAUGCGGGAAAAGGAACAUUGAAGAUCAGGCCAGACAAGAAAGCAGAGCCUGAGACUAAACAAGCCAAGAAGAUUGGAAUGAUUGCAGGUGGAACAGGUAUUACUCCAAUGUUGCAACUAGUUAGACAGGUGUUUAAGGAUUCAGAAGAUAAAACAGACUUAUGGCUGCUGUUUGCCAAUCAGACUGAAAAGGAUAUCUUGCUGCGACCAGAAUUGGAAGAAAUUCAGAAUGCUUAUCCAAGUAGGUUUCAUUUGUGGUACACCUUAGACAGACCUGAAGCAGGCUGGAAGUAUAGUUCUGGUUUCAUUAAUGAAGAGAUGAUCAAACAGCACUUACCUCCUCCUGGGCUAGAUACUGUUAUUUUGAUGUGCGGACCUCCUCCAAUGAUCAAUGCUGCCUGCAUACCUAAUCUAGACAAGCUUGGAUACAAGACUGAGUCUAGAUUUAGCUACUAGUCUGGAGCGACAGUGACAACACUUUUAAUAUAUUCUGUAUUUGUACUAAGCCUUAUUAUCAAGUAUUAUUGUAAUAUGCAGGCAUUUUCAUUUUUUUUAUGGUUAGUUUGAUAUUUUUAGUAGCAUGCUAUGUAAAAUAACCUUUAUGUUAUAUUUAAUAUGGUUAUUGGGUGUACUUUUUAGAAUAUGUAACACAGAUAUUAAGCUACAUACAUUAUUGAAUGUCUUGACUGGUCUCACUUAGCCAGUAUAUCUGGUCAACAUUACUUGUUCUCUGGGAUUAAACUGAUUGCCUCACAGUACAGCUGAGAUUCCCUUAUCUUGUAGACCUGGAAAUGCAAGAGGCUUAGGGUAAUAUCCUAUCUGUGUGUUUAAGAAUGAGCUGCUUAUAGAUGCUCAACCUAUAGGGCAGUUUGAUGAGUCUCUACUUUUGACUUUGUGUCAUCCUCUAUAGGUUGUGACUAAAAUCUUUUUAUGAGGUUGAAUAUUAUUGUGUGCUCUCAUUUAUUUGUGAUGUCACUAGAUCUAUGUAAACUUGUCUAAAAAAAGUAUUAUUUGUUCACAUUUCACUAAAACGUUUUAUAAUAAAUAAUGUGCUAGCUGACUGUAUAGAUCUAUUUUUAAGAUUUUUUUCCUUUUAAAUCAAUUGUUGGUUUGGUUUUUCUGAGCUUUAGUUUGUAUCAUGUGAUGAUGUAUGCUGCAUUAAAAGUGUUAGAAUAGUUUUACUUUUGUAAUGAACUUCAAGGAUCACAUUUAAGUUUUCAAAUGUUGAUAGCAUGAAAUGAUUAUUUUUUUUUAAUGUCAGUUUUUUUGUAUGUUGAGGCAGUUAGAAGAUGAAAACUUGAGGAAUUCAGUUGGUUUAAAUCUUGUCCUGCUUUACAUUUGUUAUCUUGCUACAUUUUCAGUAAUAAAAAUUUACAAUUGAAAAAAACUUA